AAGGCGGCCGAAAAUGAGAAGCUGACUGAGGACCUCGCAGAUAGGGAGGCUGAAAAUGAGAAGCUGGCUGAGGACCUCGCGCAGAAGGAGGCUGAAAAUGAGAAGCUGGCUGAGGACCUCGCAGAGAGGGAGGCUGAAAAUGAGAAGCUAGCCAAGGAACUCUUAGAGAGGGAUGUUUAUCUGGAGGGGUUGCAGACUGAUACCAGCAGGUCGUUGGGGUGUGUGGAGAGUCGCUGUCGUGCGCUGGAAGAGCUUGUGGCAGCAAGAGAUGCGGCUGCUGCGUUGGAGGUGGAUGUGCUGGAGGGCGAGCUGGCGGAAGCGCUUGUUCAGUUGAAGGUGGUAGAGAGUGAGAAUGCCGCCCUGCACGUAUUGCUUGGGGUCAAAAAUGCCGAGAUGGCGGAAGUAAACGAGGCAGCAUUGGGGAACGUGAGGGAGCUGGAGUCCCGUUUAGCCGCGGCAGAAGCUGAAGUGCGGGAGGAGCGCGGCAAGCAGGAGAAGCUGAUGAGCACGACGCAAGGAGCAUUACGUGCCAUGGGGGAGGAAAAUCAAAGGCGUGUGGAGCAGCUGCGCGCUGACUACGACGAAGUUCAUGCCGCCAUGCAGGCAGAGCUGGCUGCGCACCGAGAGAUGCGCGCUGCCCGCAUUAAUGCGCGACUGUCACACCCCGGCCUUUGUCAUGGUGGGCCGCCACAGCUGCCGCCACCCCGCAACGAUGUGCCAAUAGAACCCGAGGUACUUCGCUAUGAGCCCGUUUAUAGCGUUACCCUUGAGGAGUUUACUGAGACAAGAGAAUCAAAAUACGAACUAGAACAGAACCUUGCGCAGAAGGCGGCUGAAAAUGAGAAGCUGGCCGAGGACCUCGCAGAGAGGGAGGCUGAAAAUGAGAAGCUGGCUGAGGACCUAGCAGAGAGGGAGGCUGAAAAUGAGAAGCUGGCUGAGGACCUAGCAGAGAGGGAGGCUGAAAAUGAGAAGCUGGCUGAGGACCUCGCAGAGAGGGAGGCUGAAAAUGAGAAGCUAGCCAAGGAACUCUUAGAGAGGGAUGUUUAUCUGGAGGGGUUGCAGACUGAUACCAGCAGGUCGUUGGGGUGUGUGGAGAGUCGCUGUCGUGCGCUGGAAGAGCUUGUGGCAGCAAGAGAUGCGGCUGCUGCGUUGGAGGUGGAUGUGCUGGAGGGCGAGCUGGCGGAAGCGCUUGUUCAGUUGAAGGUGGUAGAGAGUGAGAAUGCCGCCCUGCACGUAUUGCUUGGGGUCAAAAA